AUGGCUAACCCUGCGACGCCUCCGAUGCUGCAGUUCGGCGACAUACCGCCUCCGCCGCCACCUCCGAGCACCAACGUCCCUUUCGGGCCCGCCGUGCAACCCCCUGCCGACCUGGUCUUCACGUUUACAGAGGACUUCGGGCCCCUCACACAACUGAAGACAUUUGACAUGCGCGACGGGGACCUUGCCAACGCGAAGUCUCUCUUCAUCAAGCCUAGCAUCCCUCAAACGUGGCACUGGAGGCCUGUGGAGAACCUUGCCCCCGAAAACGCAGUCGCCAACGUUGGGGCAUACAUACGCAGCGUCCGCACAUCCCUGACAAUGAACUCACCCCCCGGCUGGAGCCCACAGUUGAUCAACAAGGCCGCCAUCGUGGUUGGUACGGCAAGGGCUGUGACUGCCGAGUUGUAUCGGAUUGAGCCCCCAGACCUCAUCCUCGGAGAGGCUGCGCCGCCUCACUUCAUAGCCAGUGAGGACCAGAGCGGCCAAACGGUCAUAAGCGUCAACCCAAAGCUAGAGCCCAACGUGCAGGCCAGCCUGACAACUCCACUAGAGCUGACAGAGGCCGACAGGGCUGCAAUCACAGUGGCCCACAUGUCUGCUGUCGGGAUCUUGCCUAUGCAGGGCUAUUCGAUCGUGAUGACGGGCCACCACUACCUGAGCGACCCCAAAAUGCAAUCCCGUAGAGCAUUUGAUGCAAUGGAGCGCCAGCACUGGACCUCGACCGCCGUCGCCCAAUGGUGGUAG